CACCGCCGCUGCUCCCGCGGUUGCUGGGGGUGGAUGAGAGGUGGAGCUGUCGCGGACCAGGUGCGACCGGUCUCUUGCUGGUUUUGCCUGAGGGGUCUUCCUUCUUACGCCGCACCCUGACUCCGGUCGUGCCAAGGGGGGUCCCUGCGGACACCUCGACAGUCAGUGGAGAUGCCUCUCUUUGCCACCAAUCCUUUCGACCAGGACGUUGGGAGGAAGCUGAACUAGAUGAUUGGGUACAGUAUGCCAUCGUCCUGAAGCUGAACUAGAUGAUUGGAGAAAGCAACCAGCGAGAUGAACACUGCUGAGGACUGGGGCCUCAUCCUGGAUAUUUGCGAUAAGGUCGGCCAAUCCCGCACUGGACCUAAAGAUUGUCUUCGGUCUAUUAUGAGGAGGGUGAACCACAAAGAUCCUCAUGUUGCUAUGCAAGCAUUGACUCUUCUAGGAGCCUGUGUAUCAAACUGUGGCAAAAUUUUUCACUUAGAAGUAUGUUCAAGAGAUUUUGCUAGUGAAGUAAGCAACGUAUUAAAUAAGGGUCAUCCUAAAGUGUGUGAGAAGUUAAAAGCUCUUAUGGUGGAAUGGACGGAUGAAUUUAAGAACGACCCGCAGCUUAGUCUGAUAUCAGCAAUGAUUAAGAACCUUAAAGAGCAAGGAGUCACUUUCCCAGCUAUUGGCUCUCAGGCUGCAGAACAGGCCAAAGCAAGCCCAGCUCUCAUAGCCAAGGAUCCUGGAACUGUGGCUAACAAAAAAGAAGAAGAAGAUUUAGCAAAAGCCAUCGAGUUGUCUCUCAAGGAGCAAAGGCAGCAGACCACUACCCUUUCCACUCUGUAUCCAAGCACAUCCAACCUUUUAACCAACCACCAACAUGACGGUCGGAAAGUUCGUGCCAUAUAUGACUUUGAAGCUGCUGAAGAUAAUGAACUUACUUUUAAAGCUGGAGAAAUUAUCACAGUUCUUGAUGACAGUGAUCCAAACUGGUGGAAAGGUGAAACCCAUCAGGGCAUCGGGUUAUUUCCCUCUAAUUUUGUAACUGCGGAUCUCACUGCUGAACCGGAAAUGAUUAAAACAGAGAAGAAGACAGUGCAAUUUAGUGAUGAUGUCCAGGUAGAGAUGAUAGAGCCAGAGCCGGAAGCAACUUUUAUCGACGAAGAUAAAAUGGACCAGUUGUUACAGAUGUUGCAAAGUACAGAUCCCAGUGAUAAUCAGCCAGAUCUGCCAGAACUACUUCACCUUGAAGCGAUGUGUCACCAGAUGGGGCCUCUCAUUGAUGAAAAGCUGGAAGACAUUGAUAGAAAACAUUCAGAAUUCUCAGAACUUAAUGUCAAAGUGAUGGAGGCGCUUUCAUUGUAUACGAAGUUAAUGAAUGAAGAUCCAAUGUAUUCCAUGUAUGCAAAAUUACAGAAUCAGCAGUAUUACAUGCAGUCAUCUGGUGUGUCUGGUGCUCAGGUCUGUCCCGGGCCUCCUCAGAGCGGUGCCUACCUGGUGGCAGGGAGUGCACAGAUGAGCCAUCUGCACAGCUACAGCCUUCCCCCGGAGCAGCUGUCUUCUCUCAGCCAGGGCGCUGUCCCGCCGCCCACAAGCCCAGCCCUUCCUAGCCAGCAGACCACGGCUUCCUACCCCAAUGCCAUGGUUAGUUCUGUUCAAGGAACCACGUAUCCCAACCAGGCUGCAAUGUAUAGUCCUCCUCCUGCUGCUGCUGCUGUCGCUGCUGACGUCACAGUCUACCAGAGUGCAGGAACUGGUAUGUCCCAGGUGCCAAACUAUACUCUGACGUCUUCCGCCCUGCCUCAGCCAGGAGCCAGCCAACAGCCACCCCCGCCGCAGCAGCAGCUGUAUUCUCAGAAGGCUCUGCUAUAGGACCUGGUUUUCUUCUUUUUGGGAAAUACCUGCUAAAUGCCGCUGACGAUGUUACAAGAUUUAUUAGUAUCUUAAGAUUUGUUUCUCCUCAGCUUAUAGAAAUCUAUCUCGGUCAACAGAUUCACAUGGUCAAGAAGGUAGAAGUCUCCGAUUUGCACAGACAUUUUACAGGUGCACCCUUCCUCUCCCCCAGAGGGAGGAAACUCCUUACAACAGUUCCUUCCUUUCAUAAUAUGAAGAAUUGAUUCAAGAUUAUUUGUCUCGUAAAAUUACCUGGUCUGCAAAGAGUCAAACUUACAGAAACUGUCGUGGCAUAUGUUCUGUACAUGUGUUGAUAUGUAACUUCAUUAGAGGCCAUUUGAAUCACAGUGGUGAUCAUGUGAACGUAUUUAACACUGUGUUCAAUUAAUUUGCUGUGUUAUUUUAAUCAUGACAACUACUAUGUUUCCUAAUGUUUUAUGUAAAUUUAAGGUAAUUACACUAUCCUUUCAGACUGCAAGAGAACAAAGUUGUAGCAUAUUCACGUGAAGGCGUUGUUGUCCAACCCUCAUUUUGCUAAUUGUGAGCUAACUUACGUGUAGUACGUCUUUCUGUAGCCUCUGCGUCCCACUGGCUGUCAUCACACCAGCGUACAGUAGCUAAAUUUUUGGUGCAGUUAUAGAAAUAAUAAUGUUCCCUUUUAAGCUUACAUUUUGGCAUGGUAUUUCAGAUAUUGUGGGACUAUGAGAUAAAAUUAAGUAGGAUCGUGUUCUUUAUAUCUUAUUUUUAAAGAAAUGAUGUCGAUUUCCUUUUUCCUAGUCGAAGAUAGUUAAUCAGGUUUCUAAGCUGUAUACUGUGUUAAUUGGUGGCAGUGACACCAAAGAUAGAGGCAAUGGAUAGAAAUUUUUAAACUGGAAUGAGAACAUGAGUUACACUACAUUUUCAAUCUCUUGUAAUUAUUUAGGAUAGAAACAAAAUUUGAUUCAUCUGUCUUAUCCUACUACUAGUAGUCUUUUAAAUAUGUCUUUAACACUUUGUAUUCUUUAAUUCUUCAUUAAAAUGGGUAUAAGUAGAUCUUUCAAAGUAAUUCAUAUUUCUGGCUUUGCUUAUCAGUUUAUGUAUUUAUUGUUACCUUUCAAACUGGAGUUUUGGGCUACUUUCCUUUAAAGUUCUGAUGGAAUUACUUUGGCUCGUAUUUGGGAGUAUUUUUGAAUGGAUGCUUCUCUUUUAAUUCAUACAAAAAGUGUUUUCCACUGACAUUUUAAUCAUAAAUAUUUACAAUUUCCCUGGUUGUGCUCUACUAUAAUUCUAACAUCAUUAUUUUAAAAAAACUUAAAAAUUGAGUUGAGUACCUUUUUUGGGGGGGGCCGGGUACCAGGGAUCAAACUCGGGACCUUUUGCUUGCAAGGCAGGCGGUGGAACCACUGAGCUAAAUCCACGGUCCUGAGUACCGUUUUUAAUGAGUUGAUUUAACAGGUUUCAUACUAAAAAUGCAAAUUUGAUUUAUAUUUUCUAAGAUUAUUGUAAUCAAGUAGAUUGUUUAACAGAUGACUCCAUAAUAUCAAUGGUGACUAAUUUCACAGGUUCAAAUGUAGAGCACCAUCUUCUAUUUAAGUGUUUUUGUUGAUGUUGUAUUUUCCUGAGUUUAUUGUCCACAAAUACUAAUUUCUAAAUUUAUUCAAAUUCCAUGCUUUAAGAACUUUUAUGUUACUUUUGAUAAACAUUGUUGAAGAGAUUAUAAUCUUUUUUGUUCCAAUUUGAAUAUUAUGUUUUAACUGAUAUACUUUUCCCAAGUCUUACUGUAUUUUUCUGUCAUGAUAAAUUUUUGUUUACAACUGUAUCCUUUUCCCAUUUUAAUUUUGAUAGCGCUCAUGCUAUAAAAUCAAUUAAAUAUUUUCUAGUAUGCUUUCAGCCCUAUGAAAGUCAAAGAAUGGUGAAAUGCCAAAAAAGACCAAUGACAGCAACCCUACCUUUAUUACAAUGCAUAUACAUUUCCCAUUACCUAUUAGAUUACGGGGCUUAUAAAGACUUAAAUGAUGAGCACUUAAAAGUGAUACCGACUUAGUUUAUGCUUCUCACUUAUUAAGAAUGAAAGUGCCAGGUGGAAAAUUUUCAAAGAAAAUUGUAGCACUAGCUUUUCCAUCUUUCAGAUGACACGACAAGGAUGGAACUAGGAGGACACUAGUUAGGGUCACAAGUGAUUUUCGUUUGAAACCUUUUGUGUUGCACUUUCAAGGAAUCUUUCAUUAAUAGCUGUCCUUAUUUUGAAGGAAUAGAAUUUAUAAAAUGAACUAACUAUAAUGUAAACUUCUGUGAAGCCAUUUUUAUUUCUCAGUUUAUUUCUUUCAUAAAGUUUGAGGUUUGUUUCCAUAAAGGUGACACUAAAUGGAAAAAAUUCAAUCCAGUUACUAUGUAGCAUAAGUAGCCAACAGACUCCAUGGCUGAUUGGAUGUAAUAAUAUAUGAGUGUCCUAAAACUACUACUAGUGAUUUAUAAUAUUAACUUAAUUUGAUUUUACAGUCUUUUCUAACUUUGUGGUCUUCCUUCACUAUUACCUGUCUCCCCUGCUCAAUGAGGGACCUUUUGAUAUGCCUAAGGAUUCCCUUCAUAUUAAAUACUUGUGAAAAUUUUUUUCCUGUACCUCUUAGUUCUUAUACUUAAAAUGCUUUAAAGUCCAUUGUCGUUCAUUUCUGAUAGAUACAGCUUUCCUAUGUGACAUAUGUCUAAUUGUGCUUGAAAAUCUUUUGUCCAGAGCAUCAGGGUUGUGUGAGAAAAACAUGAAAUCCUAUGUAAUAAACUGCAACUAUAAAAAUUACAGAAAUUAUUUUCCAAGAUGAAGUUGAUUGGUAUUUGUCAAAUCUUCAUCUGUUACACAUUAAAAUCACUCUUUUCUUUUUCUCAUCUAUUUCCUUGUUUUACUUACCUUGUUUUACAUACUAGUUACACUUUUUGGUUAUACCACUUCUAAAUUUUAAUAACAAAAUUGUACUUUAAAUUUUUCACUCCUGUAUUAUAUUCUAAUUUUUUGGUGGUUUUCUUUUGUUUUUUGUUUGUGUGGUUUUUCUUGGGAGAGGAGUUGGAUUUUGUUUCAUUUUGGUUGAUUAAUUGCUUUUCUUCUUACAAUAAAAUAUGUAGAAGAAACUUAUGUAAAUAUUUUCUUUAAGGUCUUAUAAUUAUCUUUUCCUUCAGAAAGGGAAAAGGAAUUACUAAUUUGGCUUCCUAAAGUUAAGUAUCUGGUGUUAUAAAUGAUGUUUACCCAACAACUUUUUGUAUUGAGAUUUUUUUCAAGCCUACAGAAAGAUUUGAAAGAGUAAUACAUCAAACACCUAAAUAUUCUUCAUCUGGAUUCACUAAUCAUUAACAGUUUCCUUUAUCUCCUUAAUGUAUGUUUAUAUAUGCAAAUCUGUAUUUGUAUAUACCUCUGUCCUUCUACUCACAUAUACAUUAUUGUGUGAAUAUAAAAGACAUUGUGAACUGUACUUCUAAGUACUUCAUGUGUUUCGUAAGGAUAAGGAAAGAAUCUUCCAUAAAACCUAAACCAUUAUCACAUAUAAGAAAACUAACAGGAAUUCUGUAGUACAUUACCAAAUGACCCCCAAAUUGCCUAUAUGUAAUCUAAAUUAAUAUCCAUGUCACUCCAUUCCCCCCAUGAUAAACACUUUUACAAAAUCUACACCAGUUGUCUCAGAAUGUCUCACACUCUGGACAUAUCUCUGUUUCUUUCACUUGAUGCUGUUUUCUUGUAGUGAUUGCUAUUCUUUUUUUUUGUACUGGGGAUCGAACUCAGGACCUUGCCUGGUGCCACUGAGCUAAAUCCCCGGCCCCCUAUUAUUCUUAAAAGAUUUUUAAUCAGAAAUAUAUGAUUUAUGGUUAGAAGUAAUGAAACUAAUUUUUUCACACUUACAUCAAGCUGUACACAUACCUGAACAUUGUUAACUUUUAAGUAUCUGUAAAAUAGAUUAUAACAGGCCAUUGAUGUUACUGUAGCUCUGUAUAGUUUUGUGGUCUUCAUUUUCUGUUAUAUUUGGAGUGACUGAAGAAAGUUUGUGCAAAAAACCCCCCAAAAACAAAAAGCAGAACCUCACUUUCUCCCUUUAAAACAAAAAUCAGCUUUUAAUUUGUUUACCUACUCAACUUACUAUGGAUGGCUCCUAGGUCAUCUUAGAAGUAUAAUCACUUACAGUGCUAUAUCUUUGGAUGCAUGAAUUUUGGAAUGUUUUUUUUAAAAGAUUUCCCAUUCCUUAUAGUCAUACCUUUGAUGAAAACACUGAAAUUGUUGAAAGGGAGGAAAAGCUCUUUAAGAAAAAAGUCCUGUUUCUUAAUUUUCUCAAGUUGGUUACCAGAUUAGAAGCAUGUUGAAUAAAAUGCAUAAACCACAGUCAAAUUAGGAAGUACAUGUCUGUUAAAAUAAUCUGUAUCACUUGUUUUUUAAACAGCUUUUUUAGGAUCUUAAAUUAUUUUAGUUGUUAAUGGCUUUGUAAAAAAUACAGUGUGUUUGUAAUCCAUUAUUUUUGUCAUAGGACAUACAAGGUUCCUUAGCUGAAGGGCCAUUAUAUGUCUUGCUACUUUAAAAAGAGUUAUGGUACAUGAACAAUUGGGAAAGUUCUGGAAUUAAUUUUAUGUCAUAUUACAUGAGAUAGGUAAGAUGCCAAAUAGGAAAAUUUAUGUAAAACAUCCAUAUGAUACGUUUAUUUUUCUCUGAAUAAAGACAGAAAAAAAUCAGUUUUACUGUUUGGAGUUUGUUCUUCCUUCAGAGAAAAAAGAUUUCAGUAUAAGUAUCUUUGAUAGUCUGUAGUUGACAAAUGUAAUAACACACCCAAAGGAGUUGCUAAAUGUGACUGAAGUUGUAAUCAAGAGUGCAGGUAAAUUCACUUAAUAGUUGUCAAAGAGGCUUCAUAAUAACAAGUCCAUUUCUAAAAAUGGUAGAUGGCACACGAUAAAAUAGUUGAUUAAUUUGCAUUGUAAAUGUAUUAUAGUUUGUGGAUGUGAAUUUCUUGUAAAGGUGCUGAAAGGAUGGUGGUGAUGAUAUUUUGUGUUGAAGAUAAAAAUAAGAACUUAAAUUGUAGGAAUUUACUGGUUCAUUUUGCUAUUAAGCAGAAACUUCAGCUUAUUGACCCAGGAAGUUUAAUCCAGAUAUAGCUUCUGUCAAAAGAAUGUCUUGGUAGGUGAUUUGAUCUUGGGCAGCUCCAUGAAUCUCUUGGAGUUGCCUUCUACUUAGUAUUUGUAAUUUCCAGGGCUAAUGCAACUACCCAAUUCUUUGUGGUUUGCCAAAAUUUAGUGCUUCAUAUCCUCUACUCCUAUCUACCUUAAAUGUCUGACAUUCGGCCUGAGUAACUCACCUAUGCCAGUGAAUUUACCCUUGGCAGUUUAGAAGGGGAAAGACGGUGGGAUGGGGUUGGGGACUAUGGUACUGAAACUUGGGAACAUGAUUUCCAGCACAGUGGUAACAAUUACUUUCUGAGAUAAUGUGGGGAUACUGCAUUUCCAUCAUUAAAUCGGUGAGGCUUGUUUCUGUUUGAAGGGCCCUACCAAGAAUAUCUGCACUCUGGGUAGAAGUGCUUUCCCUGGUACUUAUCUGAGGAGAAAGAAGCUCUGGGACAUACUGUAUUUGUGCUCGGCUUUACAACACAGGAGAUGGGUAGCAUUAGACUGUGAAAUCUUAUUGUCCUUGAUAUUCUUGUGGGCAAAGUGGUACCCGUGAUCCUGUUGGCCCGAAAAUGGUAACAGAGGCAAUGUGCUGCAGUCACUGUGAUUUAGCUGUUUGAGUUAUUAAGAAAGAGAGUAGAUUGCUAAGAUUCUAGAGUGCUGUGGAAAUUGUAAUUUCCUGCUUUCUGCUGGCUAAGAGUAUCUUCAGAUAAGCUGCAAAAUGUUGGCAUCUCAAAUACAUGACCUAGAAGAAAUGCCAUAUAUGCCAUUUCUUUACAAGUUACCAGUAAGUAAAAAUAAUGUAGACAUUAUAUUUCAGAAAAGUUGAUUGUGUUGUUCAUUACAUGAAUCCAUUUUUAUACUUAAAUAAAACAAUUCCUCGUAUAUCUGUUCUUAGUUUUCCUGCUUUAGAAGAUUAGAUACCUUGUUGGCAUUUUUAAAAAUAGCUCUGCUAAAUUAGUUUCUAUUAGUUAAUGUAAUAAGAUAAAGAAGUAAAGACAUGUUUCAAGUAUUGAGUAAAAAAGUAGAUGUACUUUUUAUUGUUCUUUUUUUGUAGAGGGGAAAGACAAACCUUCCUAUUUAUCACUGAUUGUAAUCUCCCUUUUUAAACAGAUGCCUUUUAAUUUUUUUUUUUUUUUUUUUGCUGUUUCAUCCUAAUUUUUUCAAGAAUUGUCCUGAAAGGGAAUGCCAGUUGGGUUUGCCCCCCGCCAUGAAAAAAGUUAUUUCAUAGUAAAUGCUGAUUCUGUGUUCAUACAAUUAAUGCUCUUUCCUUUGAAAAGCAGCUUAGCUUAUAAUAGAGCUUAGUGAAAUGUUUGAAUAUCAAAAAAUUUCAGGGCUAUUUAUGUGAUUGUCAAAUAUAAAUUUACUUAGAGAGGGAAGUAGAUUCUCUUCAAGUUAUUUUAAUUUGUGUUUAAAAUUAAAAGAUGUGUAGGUAGGUCAGAAUUACACUAGGCUGCAAGUUAUUUUGUCUUUCUUUACUCAUGAAACUAAGUAGAAUAUUUUCAUUUUCCUGCCUGCUUUUCAUAUUGGAAAAGAAUAUGUUCUCAAGGUUUUUGGCAUUAUGUGAACAAACUCUGUUAGCUUUUAUUCAGCAUUUGAGGCUAUUUAACUAUAUAGAGUUGUAUAUUUGAAAGGCAGAAAAUACCCCCAAAUUUUAAUUUUCUUUAAUAAUAUUUAUUGAAACUUGAUUCUGUUUAUACUCUCAGUAGGGAAAACUAAAACUGAAUAAUGUCCAGAUCAUGCCAAAUGUUUUAUGUAUACUGUAAUUUAAAAUGGCCAGGAAAUUGUUUUCAAAGUCAAAUAAAAGAAAAAAAAUGA